AUGGCUAUAAAGAGACAAGUCCACAAGACAGAGUUUGGAUAUAUUGUUGAUUGCAUUGAUAUUUAUAAACAAUCAGCGUUUGAUCAUCAUUUAUUGAAAGACCAUAAAUUACAGAAAAAACCUAGUUUUCAAAACUCGUAUGAAAAGACAAGUACGAAGAAUUCAUCGAACGAACUCAUAUUUGGACUUCAGAAAGAAAAAUGUCCAAAGAGAACUGUUCCCAUUCGGAGAACAACAAAAGAUGAUCUAAUUCAAGAAAAAUCGUCAUUUUAUAAUCAAAGCAUGAUUCAGGAAGCUUCUGGUGUCCAUAUGGCAGAAAUAUAUGUUACAGAAAUUUUUGGUCCUUUUUAUCAAGUUAAGGGAACAAAUAGUAUCUAUAAUCCAAGAGUCCUUAAGAAGAAUGUAAAUCAAGAAAGCAUUACUCAUAUAUGGGUUCAAAACGGAGGCACUAACAAAGUCGCAUUUGGAUGGCAUGUGGCUCCACAAUUUCAUGGUCGUGAUACCGGAACUUAUGUCUUCUCAGCAUGGACAUCGGAUAAUUUCAAGCAGACAGGAUGCUACAAUCUUCAAUGUUCAGGUUUUGUCCAAAUUAAUCAAGAUAAUUUCAUUGGUUCACGCUUGUCCAACACAUCUGUCUACGGAGGGAGACUGAUAGAGAUUGCAAUUUCUAUUACUAUGGAUCGAAUAAAUAAAAAUUGGUGGUUGAAAGUUGGUGAGGAAUAUAUUGGAUAUUAUCCAGCAGAAUUAUUCUCGAACAUGGCCUCAGCCGAUCGAGUGGGGUGGGGCGGGAGAACAGUUACUCCUCCUGGCCUUCCCAGUCCUCAAAUGGGAUCUGGAAUUUUUCCAGAUAAGAACUUUUAUCAUGCCGCUUACUUUAGGUUUAUCUCCUUUCAAAAUGAAGAAAGAAAAGAUUUUGAACCUAACAAACACAUGACAAAGGCAUUCAUCGACAAAUCUGAUUGUUUUAAUGUCGAACACUACGGAGAUGGAGGAGAAGGACUCGGAAGUUGUCUCCAAUAUGGGGGACCCGGUGGCGUGUGUGGCGAUUGA